AUGCAUAUACUCUCAGAACCAAACGUGUCGCGUAUCUUUCGCAGCUUGACCCAAAAGCAAUGCCGCGACUUCAUCAAUGUACUAAGCUCCGCACUAGUGGGGUACAGCGCUGAAUGCAAGCCAACGGUCCUAGCAUCAGAGAAACUGAUUCACCAGCCAUUGCGAACUGUUUUUGCAACCAAAGCGAAUAAUUCAUGCAUUUUCAUGCCAGUCUCGGAUACAGCCACUACCGCUGUGAAAGUUGUCACGGUCGGAAACAGCGGCAUUCAAGGCACAAUCAAUAUAUUCUCACCAGAUGGUCGACUACAGGGUCUCCUCGCUGCGGCAGAGGUAACAGCGUUCCGGACAGCCCUUUCAUCAAUGACACUCUUUGUACGAUGCAACUCGCUCCGGAAGGAGAAUAUUCUCGUGCUAGGAUCAGGUCGUCAAGCUGAAUGGCAUGCUCGACUUGCACUGCUGCUUUACCCAGAGUUGAUCCGGCGGAUCACUUUCAUUAAUCGGGGUCGCCAACGGCUUGACGAUAUGGAGCGCGAUGUGCUGGGUGAGCUACGAGACCGUUAUCCAGAUGUUUCUAUCAGCACCUUUGCGAAGGAGGGUGCGACAGACUAUGACGAGAGGCUUCUUCGUGAGCUACAGGCUUCUGAUGCAAUCUUCAGUUGUACGCCUUCAACAGAGCCAAACUUUAGUUUUGAUGCGCUACAAUCUGCUCCAAAGCAGCGUUUUAUUUCGCUUAUUGGCUCGUACAAGCCGCAUAUGCAUGAGAUAGAUACAGAGACGCUGCUUUCUGGUGGAGGUAAAGUCUAUGUCGACUCCAAAUCGGCGUGUUUGGAGGAGUCCGGGGAAUUGAUUACGGCUCAGGUGACGGAAGACCAAUUGGUGGAGAUGGGGGAGAUGCUGAGUGAAAAGGGGCCUUCAGAAGACAUUAAGAUUCCAGAUGGCUCCAAUGUUGUAUAUAAGUGUGUGGGAAUGGGUUUGAUGGAUCUCGUGGUUGGAAAGAAGUUGCUCCAAGUUGGAAAUGAGCAGGGGCUGGGAACACACGUUGAUGGAUUUUAA